CGCAGAAAACAUGGCGGCUUCCAGGAAGACGGCUGUGGUGCUGAAAUCAGUGAAGAAAAUAGUGGUACAGUUCUGUCCGUUUGAGUCCAAUGUCCGAUCCACACGGGAGUUUCUGGUUAUGGUUGGCUCAGAGAAAGCCCGGGCCUCCAACAUGAAAUGUGAGGUCACAACCCUGGUCAAACAUGACAAGUCUGAGCCUGUGGUGGACGUCACAUACGUGGAUGGAGAGAGGCUGCUGAUGAAAGGGGCAAACCUGACCAGCAACGAGAUGUUGAGUGCAUUUCAGUCCCGCUGCAGGGCCAAGGACCCACAGGCAAAGGCUGGGAAAUGAACAGCCCUCAUGUUUUGUAUAUAUUUAUGUGCAUCUGUAUGAUUUGCUGUUUAUAAUAAAAUUUGCUUUA